GCGGAGACGCGCUGAGGAUGGAGAGGAAGAGGAAGAGAGAGGAGUGACGGAGGAGAGUUCUGGAGGAGAAGAACCAGAACCAGAAGAAGAAGUAGAGCCGCUGCAGCUCCGAGGACACCGACAGAACCACAAUAAAGUCCGUGGAGGGACAACCGGAAGUUAACCUUCAAACUUUAUACCCCGCAAAACUCUGUGCGCGCUCCCGUCGCCUGCGGCUGCUCUCGGGCUUUGACGCGCAUGCGCUGUGCGCAGCCUGUUGUUCUGAAUAAUGGACCGAUUGUGUCACCGGGCUCGGUGGUGACGUCACCGUCGCUGAUCCGGAGCAGGACCGGCGGACACGGGAACGCGCCUCGGCUCAGCGCGUGAACAACCUGAAGUGCCACAAACACUCCGUGACUCACGUUAAUCCGUGUUGUGCAACCGGCAGCAGAAGCAGGAAGCAGAAGAAGAAGAAGAAGACCAUGAGACGAAGGCUGCGGGACCAGAGACGCUAACGGGACAGACAAACAGACACACAGACACACAGACAGACAGACGGGAUGUGUGUGAGCCUGUAGAGUGUGUGUGUGUGUGUGUGUGUGUGUGUGUGUGUGUGUGUGUGUGUGUGUGUGUGUGUGUGUGUGUGUGUGUGUGUGCGCGUGAGGAUGAGUGGCGGUAAAAAGAGGAGUGGCUUCCAGAUCACCAGUGUGACCUCAGACUUACACCAAAGUCCAGCCGGCCAAUCAUCUCCCAGCAUGGUCCUGUCUGUCCUCCAAUCAGACACCUCCUCCUCCUGCAGCCCUCAGGGAAGCUCCUCCCAGCCGACCACGCCCUCUCUGAAGAGGAAGUACGUUUCCCAUGAUGCUGCAGGGCAGGGGGCAGGGUCAUCCUCCAGGUUCAGGGUGGUAAGAUUGGCAGUGGGCGGGGCCGGCGGCGGGGGGCGGGGCGAGUCAUAUCGCCGCGGGCGAUGGACGUGUAUGGAGUUCCUGGAGAGACAGGAACGGGCGGGGUUCAGGCGGGUGAUGGACAGCAUGAGACACGCCCACUCGCUGGAGUCUCUGGAGAUGAUUGGCCGAGACAGAGACAGAGGCGGAGUCCACUCCCAGGACACCGCUCACCUGCUGGUUCAGCCAAUGAGAGGAGUGGAAGGGGCGGGCCUUGUUCUGCGCAGCGGCCCCCCAUCACCAACACACGAAGAGCCAAUCAACAUCCGGCUUCUGGACCGGAGGGAGCCAAUAAGACUGCAGGGUUUAGACUCCGCCCCUCUGCCGCCUUCUCCCCGCCCACGAAAUGUCCCUCCUCCUCUACGAUUGGACGUAGACGCUGCAGGACGGUCUGUCCUCAGGCUGUCUCACUCUCAGCCCAGCUCCCCCCCUGCUGGACCGUACCAUCCCACUCUGACCCCCAUCCAGACACCUUCAGCCUUCAGUCUGGACCAGACCAUCUUCAGCCUUCCGGGGGACGCCAGUAGUUCCAGUAACAGUCUGAUCGCCAUCGACAACAAAAUAGAACAAGCCAUGGACCUGGUGAAGAGUCACCUGAUGCUGGCUGUCAGGGAGGAGGUGGAGCUUCUGAGGGAACAAAUCAGGGACCUGCAGGAGAAGAACCAGCAGCUGGAGAGAGAGAACCACAUCCUGAGAGCCCUGACGCACAACCUGAGCACAACACAACACUGACACACUACACAACACAAUACAACAUAACACUGACACACAACACAACCUACACAACACAACACUGUGACACACAACACAACCUACACAACACAGCACCAUCUACACAACACAAAACAACACUGACACAACACAACAUAACACAACCUACACAACCUGAACACAACCUACACACCUGAUGACCAGGUGCUGCUCCCCUAUGGAUGUCGUCAUGGUAACAGGUGUGACUGAUGAGUAGCCUGGUUACCGUGACAACAGUACUGUUAGUAUCAGUUUCAGGUGUUCUGAGUGACGAUGACAAAGAUUAGAGUCUAAUAAAUUAAUAAAAUGUAACUGCACAACGA